CUGACACACUGCGCACCACACAUCAUCCACAUCACAAACCUUCCUUACGUUGCUCAGUAAAGGGCUUCCUAUAUUCUUCCGGGGGGACGUCUCCUCUUUGUCCCAGAACCUCUUCCUUUCGGCAUUCUCCGUUCCACUGGCAGCGUAGCCUUGUGCACUAAUAACGGGCCUUUUUCUGCGUGCUACGGUAGCAGCAGACGUUUUAAGGCUUUUUAGUUUAUUUUUUCUUCCAUUAAACGGUUUCCUUCUUUUUUAUUUUUUUCUUUAUUUGUGGAUUUGGCUGCGUUCGUGGCUGUUUUUUCUUUUCUUAUUCUUAUUUCCGCUACUUCUACUUCAUUUUUACCCUUUUUCAACAUUUCUUGCUUUUUUUCGGCCUUUUCCUUCAUUCAAUUGCUGGUGUUUGAUUUUUGUGAUCUUCUUUCCGUCUUUUCUCUUUUAGAAUAUCUUUCUUCGUCUCUUUUUUCAUCUUUUUCAAACCUUAACGCUCUUUUAUUGCUUUAAAAUGACAUCCACAGGAUCGAUGGCUCACGUCACGACCAACAUUCAAGACCAUGAUGAUGGUUUUAGCCAGGGGAGCGGUUCCCAGCACCUCUCGGUGCUCUCCAACAGAAACAGUAUGUCUGCCCUGUACACGAUUGCGGCAGACAGUGAACCGCCCGUUGAGGACGAAAUUUCAAGGGUUAAAGCUGAGCUUCGAACCUUGAAAAAAAACAUAUCCGUGCAGUCAAAGCGAAACUUUGUGCUGGAAAAGGAUGUUCGGUUCCUGGACUCACGGAUUGCCUUGCUCAUUCAGAACCGGAUGGCAGAGGAGGAACAAAACGAGGUCGCAAAGCGCCUGAGCGACGUUUUCGUCGAGGUCCAGGGCAGUUUGCCCGAUGAACGAAAACUAGAAUUGUACGGUGUGCUUUUCUACGUCCUGCAGACAGAGCCGGUGUAUACGGCUCGCUUGGUGCAGAGAGUAAAGAUGGCAGAAAUUGACAUGCUGCUCCAGAUUGUCAUGUUCAACUUGUAUGGCAAUCAAUAUGAAAGUCGGGAAGAGCACUUGCUGCUCUCGCUCUUCCAGUCGGUGCUGUCUGCACAAUUCGCUUCCGUGUCGGAAUUCUCGUCGCUGCUGCGUGCAAACACACCUGUAUCGCGAAUGAUGACCACGUACACCCGGCGGGGUCCUGGUCAGUCGUACCUGCGGUCCGUUUUGCUUGAUAGUGUUCAAUUGGUUGCGAACAACUACAAUCGUUCGCUGGAAAUCAACCCUUUGCGUGUUUACAUGGAGCUUGCGCACGCUGGGGAAUUCGAGCACACAUAUGCGCCAGACGUGUCUCCCGAAGAAAUUCUAAAGAUUCCUGCUGUGCGAGCAGAAGUUGAGUCGCGUUCUCUUAUUCUCCGCGAUAUUACGUCGAGGUUCCUCGACUCUAUCCUGGAUCACGUUGAUACCGUACCCUAUGGUAUCCGUUGGAUUUGCAAAUUAAUCCGUAACCUUACUUUCCGCAAGUUCACCAAUGUCCCCGAAGAGUCCAUUUGUUCCCUUAUUGGCGGCUUCUUUUUUCUCCGCUUCAUUAAUCCCGCCAUUGUUUCGCCGCAGGCGUACAUGUUGCUUGACACUCUUCCUUCCGAAAACGUGCGCAAGAAUUUAAACGCUGUUGCCAAAAUUGUCCAGAGUCUUGCCAACCGCUCUGCAAAAGCAAAAGAUAUCCCCAAUGCCCCUCUUGACUCUCUAAUUGAGGAGAACGGCGCUCGCAUCCUCACGUACCUGCGGAAGCUGUGUGAGGUCCCCGACUUUUUCGAAACGCUUGAACUCGAUCAAUACUUGGCUCUCUCUAAAAAGGAUCUUGUGUUAAACGUUUCUCUUAACGAAAUUUACAGCACCCAUCGUAUUUACUACGAACACUGCGACCAAAUAGCUGAGGAAUCGUCUCAUCUGCGAUCAAUUCUCUCGGAACUUGGUCCGCCAAAAGAGUUGGUUCCUGCCGGCGACAAUGUUCUCAUUGCCUUACCGCUUACGAACCGCUGGGACUCCUCCAUUCCUGAUCUCACCAAGACCUUUAGUGUGACCAAUGCCGACGUUCUUUUUGUAAAGGCGAAAUCAUUGUUUAUUCAGCUCCUUCGUGUGUUGCCGGCUGGCCACGAAAUGACGAAGCUUCCUUUCGAUCUUGUAAAAAUCGCAGACAGUGCCGCUAACCUACAAAAUAUGCACUUUAUGCAUAAAGGUCUGCGCGCUCUUCAAUAUCUUGAAGAGCUCUCCAAACUCAGUGUUGUUGAUCCCCUUAAUCGUUACGCACCUCUUGUAAGCGAGGUGGAACACGAGUUUCAGAACUUGGAUGCCGUGUACCAGAGGCUGAAAACAGAGCGUGAUGCUCUUUUUAUGGUGCACAAAACUAUCAGCGAACACAAUGAGUAUCUGAGGUCGCAACUCGACAUCUAUCGAAAUUAUUUGCAGAAUGCCCGCGUGCAAUCAUCCAUUACUAAGCACAGUGAUUUGAAAAAUGUUUCCCGCGGCGUCGGAGUCGUUGGUUUCAAGGGGAAGCAACAAAAACAGACAAAUGCUUCUAAAUUCUCGCAUGCGCACCUAGUGAAAGAGCAAGUUAUUGCCGAAUGUCUUUUUCCUGCACACACUCUCAUUGAUACGUACUAUGUACUAUCUUCCCCUCUCCCCGGCAGUUUUGUCGUUACCAUUUUCCGUCGAGGCCAAGAUCAAGGUCUCGUUAAAAUUGAUGUAAAAAUUGACGAUCUCCUUGAGAUGCAGCACAACAAGAAAGAAUUCCUUGAUUGUGAAUUUGUAAAGUUCAACGUCAACAAGUUCCUGUUGCUACUAAGACGGCAGUUCAAUCGCAAAUGAGAGCAAAAAAGACAUUAUCUAUCAUAUUAUUUUACUUACAUUUACUACUACUCUUCCUCUUAAUUCCCGAUUCCUUGGUGCAAUUUGUUUAUCUUACUCAGAGUAAUACACGUCUUCCGCUAAUGUUCGGUGGCCGUAAGUACGUACAACUAUAGUUUUCAUUUUUCGUAUCGUAUGAAUAUCAAUGUUGGAUGUAUCAU